AAAGGCUUUUAAAGUCACAUUUCAGUUGUGCAAGUAGAAUAACAGGAAGGUACUGUUCUGUUUCCCCUCCCACUUUUAAUUCUGUGAUGCUGAGUUUUGAUACCUUUAGAGGUGACGUUAUCAGGGAAAGAACAUGUCUAUUUAUGAAUGGAGCAUUUCCGUUUGGGACUGUGUGUCUGGCCCGGCUCCUGGGGCGGCACUAAACCACCUCCUCCUCAACCUGCACUGCAGAACUUUUCUCUGAUCUUCACAAACACUCUGACAAAAGUGCCUGAGUCUGCAUACACGCCCCAAGUCAGGAGAUGGGGGAGGAGGGUGAGGCAGGCAGGAAGGGGGGAGCAGAGCCAAGAGAAGGAGGAGGAGGAGGAGGAGGAGGAGUAAAUGGGGUUGAUGGAGGAGAGAAAGUGAAUACGAGGGAUAUGGGCACAGGUAAGGGAGGGGAGGUGGAGAUGAGGAGAAGUGGCAUGCAGCCAACGGAGAGGACAGGGAAAAGUUGUGAGGCAGCCGGAGGGACGGGCAGGGAGAAGAGUCAGCGUCAUUGGUGCUCCGCUGGGGAGGAACGAGAGAGCAGCUUCCCCUCCUGUCCGUCUCUCUACGUCUCUGUCUGUCUUUCUGUUUGUCUCUCCCUCUCCUCUCUAAUUGUCUCUCGUCCUGGCUGGCGCUGCAAUGUGGCUGGCUCUGCAGUGAAAGUGCUGUGUGCCGGAUUCUCCUUGAGUGAACCCUGACUGUGCGCAGUGUUUGCCGCUCCGCUGCUGUCCGGUCCACACCGACUCAGUCUGCGGGCCUCUGACUGAACACCGGCUGCAGGAGCAGUCUCUCUCACAGGAGUGCUGUGGCGGCUGGUGGGAGCUCUGGGACUACUGCAGGUGCACGACUGGGACGUGGUUCGAUUGGGGGCCAAACGCUAAGACAGCACCCUCCAGAUUUAAUUACAUAUAUCAGAGAGAGAGCCAAGUUGUGCUAGAAGAUACUCCGCAAGCUGCCUAGAGCCCACUGGAUCCUGCAGCAGUAUUUGUUUUGGAGCAGAUCUGGCCGCCAUGGAAGUCCAGUGGGUUGUGGUUGAUCUCCCGAGGCUGGGCCCUCCCCACACAGCCGUUGGCCUUAUCUUCUCUAUGCUGCUGGGUGUGGGGUCUGUUCAGGCCCUGGAGAUGUUUGUGGGGAAGAUCCCCUUCCUGCAGGCCGUGAACGGCAGCACAGUCACGCUGCCCUGCACUUACGCCAGCUGCAUCGGCAUCCAGGACCUCUACUUCAACUGGCAAUUCAAUGACAACGGCACCAUGCAUAAGGUGUGCGAAUCAGUGAUAGCUUCAGAAGAGUCGGUGCCUGAUGUGACCAUAUAUCGAGAGCGGGUGGAGUUUGUGGGGAAGAACCACAAAAACAACAUCUCCAUCGUGCUGUGGAACAUCACCUUCGAGGACGGAGGACAGUACACCUGUUUUGGACGCAACCCCAAAGAGAAGGGCAGGAACCACAGCGCCAUCUUCAACCUCAUCGUGGUGGACGAGUUGAGGGUGGUGGACAACACGCUGACCAUCAUGAUCGCCUCCGCUGUGGGCGGAGCCAUCGCACUAUUAAUGGGCUUCAUGUUGCUCAAGAACUUCACUCUCUUUGUUCUUUCCAAGCUUGAGGAGAAAAAUAAGGAGUGCCUUGUAACUUCAUCAGGGAUCGACAACACAGAAAACGGCCUCUCAGGAUCCAAAGCUGAUUCAAAACCGACACCAAAAAAGAAAUGAGAAAGUGCAUGUAUGUCAAACCAUUUGAGUACUCAUAUUUAUGCACCUUCCUAGCAUAUAUUUGUAUAUGCACAUGUGUUUGCCCACAAGAAAAUUCAUUAUGUUACUGUCUGGCUGUGGCCAUCAAAAGGGAAUAUAUACAGGUGCACACAAUGCUACCGCAUGUGCAGAUGAUGUACUACUAAAGAAAUCUGUGCACACAUAAUUAUUUAAAAUGUGCUCAUAAUUUACAUUUAAAGGAAGAUUGCAGCUACCAGAGACACUUCAGCUUUAUUUAUUUCAGAUCCUUUGAUCACUUUACAAGGGAAAAAAACGCUGUUUGUUACCAUCUUACACCCAGAAAACUUUCUGAACAGAAAACCACUUACCUUAUGCAGUACCUCGUUAGUAACACUAACAUUGAGUCAGUCUCAAUCCCCAAAAAAAUGUACUUGACAAAUUCUCUUACAUAUUGGGACAAAUUUUUCAGACUUGUAUUUUAGGUUUCAACUAUAACAUGUGAUACAUGGUUUAAUGUUCAGUUUAUGCUCUGUGGCCUGAUGGCACACAGAGUUGUCCCUAAUUAGACUAUGAAACUGACAAUUAAAUAAUUAAUUACAGUCAGUGGAAGAAAAACAGUGUGCUCAGUUAACCCUCUAAGGUACGCAUUAUGAUGCCAGUUAGGAAAAAACUGAUUGUGAGUGUUUUUGUGUGUCUAAAAAUAGACUAAAUAAACAUGAUCUGAAGAAAUUUUAAAAUGUUUCUUCCUGGAAGUUUUUGGGGUUUGAUGCCCGUGGGCAACAUUGUACCAUAACAGUGCACAAGUGAAAAAGAAAGUUGGAGGUGCAAUUUUUUUUUUUCCAGAUGGAAAAGGGCCAGGAAAUUGCAUUUUGAGUGAUUUCUUGUGGCGCAAAAUGGCAAAGUUUUUUCCUUUGGAAAAGUCUGCAAAAAGGGUUUCACGAUGGCCUCCUGGAGGUCAUGUGACAAAUAAAAGCAUUGCUAUUGGUUACCUAUACUCUUCACUAUUUUAAAGUAUCACAUCACUCAAAAAGAUGCAUUGUAGAAAUU